UCCAGUAGCCAAUCAUAUCGCAGUACACGGGACCUUUGUGGUGAAGUCGGCUACAGUAGUUCGCUGACGUCCAGAUCAACAAGCCACUCUUUUGGAAGCAGUUUGAUAAACACUCACUGUUCCUCAGUUGAUGUCAGUAAGCUACCUGCGUUUCCAGCGAGACAUAUCAGCGAUUAACCAGCACAAAACUACCCAGCCACAUAGCCCUGAACCGAUAAGGUUAGAAGACAUCGUCGGUUGAACUUUUCAAGACAACUAGCUCGUGUUUUUUUAAAUCAAUUUUAUACCAACUGACGGCCAACGGUCGUUUUUUUUUUUGAUUGACUGCAUCUUUUACAUCAACCGAGCUAGCAGUUUUUUUGUAUCGUGCUAACGUUAGCUAAUUCAUUUUUGUUUUGCCAAAAAGGAAAAAUACUCGGUUCGUUUAAGUCAAGCAAGACGUUUUGUUUUGUCAACAAGGUCUUUUGUUUCAUCGAAGAACUACAUUGAAAACCAACGAUAUUAAACACUUUGCUUGAUUAAAAAUAAAAAAGGGCUGAAAGUGUUAGCAUUGACAAGCCAGCUAACACUAAUACCUCUAACCGUUUAAACAGUCAUUAAGGAAGAGCUUGUCUUUUAACUGACUGGUGCUGUUUUGAGUACAUUUCACUUUACAAUAACACCGUUGGGCUGCAGGAGUUACUGCUGCUUCUCCUUUUUUUUUAAAUAACAAGAACAGCCACCAGAGUAUAACAAGGAGACCACUGGUAGGACCUGAGGCAAGUUGUGUACAUCCAAGGAAUCCCUCAUCGGAUUGUUACAUUAAUAUCAGUGUUAUUGUUGAAAAUGGCGGCGAUCGGAAUGGUGCAGAUGUUGAUCGAAGCAGCGGAGUACCUUGAGCGCAGGGAACGAGAAGCUGAACACGGCUAUGCCUCCAUGCCACCCUUCAUCAGCAGCGGAGAGACGGAAAGCUUGAAAAGAAAAAGCAAAAGCAAGAAAAACACAAGUAGCAGGUCUACGCACAAUGAAAUGGAAAAGAACAGACGGGCACAUCUACGGCUGUGUUUAGACCGCUUGAAAUCCCUCGUUCCCUUAGGAAAAGAUGCUAACAGGCACACCACCCUCAGCCUGCUGAUGAAGGCCAGAGAACAUAUCAAGAGGUUGGAGGAAAGCGACAGGAAAGCGCAGCACACGAUGGAUCAGCUGCAGCGGGAGCGGAGGCACCUGAGGAGACGCCUGGAGCAGCUGGGGGUGGAGAGGACCCGCAUGGACAGCACCGGCUCCACCCAGUCCGACAAGUCUGACUCUGACCAAGAGGACCUGGAUGUGGACGUGGAGGGGACGGACUACCUGCUGGGUGACCUGGAGUGGAGCACCAGCAGCGUGAGCGACUCGGGGGACGAGCGGGGGAGUCUCCGCAGCAGCUGCAGCGACGAGGGCUACUCCAGCGCCAGCCUGCUGCGCCUGCAGGACACUCAGGAGAUGGCCAAGCAGCUGGGCUGCAGCCUAUAGACGCAAAGCCCCGCCUCCUCCCCCUCAGCCAAUCCUUUCCCAGGAUGCCUCACCACUCCCUAAAUGCAAUCUGACUUCCCCCCCCCACUUUGACUUCCAUCCAACACCUCCUAGACUCACCCACCCAUCAUCAGCGGUCAGUCAUUAAGGUGUCCCCUGCUCUGAACCAAUCAAACGAGUGGGAUUUUAAAGACACUCCGUCCAUCCGUCAGAAACACAACUUUCAGCCAGAGAAUGUUACCACACAAUGUCCCACUGCCUCUUUUCUAAGCCUCAAGAGACAUGGGGAGCACUUAUGAGAUUUCACACAUAUUAAGACACACACACACACACACUAAAACACACAUAUACACACACUCCCCUCCAUCGCUCCUAGUUGUCCCAUCCUCCCAAAGGUGUGACAGAGGUUUUUCUGCCCCGUCAGACCAUCUGUGCAUGGUGUGUUUGCACUUACAGCAUUAACAGUUCCAUCUUUUUUCAAAUGCUGUCUCUUAUAAACUUGAAGGAGCCCCCCCCACUUCCGUAAUGUUACAGGAUGUGGUGAGCGUUGGUAUUAUUAAUUUUGGGCUACAUUAAAGCAGCCAGGGUGCGGUGUGACUUGGGGCCGCCAGCAAUACGUCGCUUAGUACGCACCCAGGCAUCGGCAGGCUCCCAACUUUAUUUUGAUGUUCUGUCCACACCUGCCAAUUUAGAGGAAAAAGUAACAAAAACAACAAAAAAAAACUUUGUGCAGCAUGAGAUUGUGAAAGGGAGGGUUUAUGGGAUGGGGUUUAUGUUUUUCUCCCUCUCUCUGAUGACUGUGGCGUUUUUACAGCAUCCUUUUAUCGUAAUGUGUGUAUGUCACGUUUGAGGGGUCACUAGCAGGGUUGGAAACUUUUUGAACCACCAGCCACAGGGGCCCGAUGCUGGUAAUAUGUUGGCAGGUGCUGGUUCAUUUUAGAACACUACUUCCUCUUCUUCUUCUUCACUGCCCCGUUCAGCAGGUAUUAACAUGAAGAUCUACUGAGAGAACAUUCCAUAUGUAGAGAGGACAGGCAGGUGAGAUUAUUUUUCACGAGUGGAUGUUCCUGCCAUUUAUUUAUGAAGGGGGAGUGUGAGCCGAGUCGCCCUGAAACACAACGACCGGCUUUGACUCUUCAGUGGGGAAAAAAUGUUUGAAACACACAGAUUUUCUCUCCUUCGCCUUGCCUUCAUAGCUAUUUAUUGUUUCUGCAAAAAAAAAAUGUUCAUGUAAAUAGUUUACAGAAAUAUCUUUAUGUCUAUCAACAAAUGUAUUUAUUAGAUAUACUAAAUAUAUAGAUGACUAUAUAGAAAUAUAUUUAAUUAGUCAUAGCCUAUGUUCUUCUCGUGAGAGUGUCCAAUGUGUAGUUCUGUUUGCACAGCCUAGUCAAUCCUUAGAGUAUUUAGAGACGUCUCUUGUGCCUCGAGGCUUUUGUUCAUAAUUCGGCACGGUGCUCAUAGGAAAUGAAAUGUUUUCUCUGUGAUUGGUCCUAAUUUUUUCGCUGUUUUCAAAAGCCAACUUGCCCUUUUAAACGGGGGGGGGGGUAUAAAAUGAAAAAAAAAAACUUGAAUAAUUUAUAAAAAUCUGACUUUAAAAAAGUGAGAGGAGCUGGUGGCCCGGCGUUGGGAUGAUUCCUCUGGCGAAAGCUGCGUUCUCUCCGUGCCUAGGAACCAAAAUGGCCGUCUCGUGAGAAUGUAGCGCCUUUUUUGUUUGGUUCCAAAAUCAUCGCGGGCAGCAAAGGGAGGAUCUUAUGAAUGUACAUGUCCUCCACCCUGCAGUGUAGCAGCCCGACGCCAAAGGAACCUCCAUCCCGCAUCCACCCACCGCUCACCAAUCUCUUCGAAAGCAUGAGUCUGAAAAAUAGAUUUAGGGUCGUGUAGUGUUUGAGUGUGGAAUGCUGCUUAUUUUUUUUCUUUCGUUGUCAAAUUGGAAACCUUUUCAAACGGAGAGGAACUGUGUAGCCACGUUAUGAGGAGAACUAAAGGGGAAAUGUAAUGAGGGCAAAGUGUGAGUGGGCAGUUGUGUUCACUGAAAUGCCAUCUGUCAGUGUGUACGUGUGUAAACAGUAUGUGAGUGUGUUUCGUCACUGUCUUCAGAGAGACAUUUUUGGGGUGGUAGAGGGUGGGUGGUUUUAAAAAUAAAAUUCUAAGGCUUAGUCUGUGUUUGCUAGUGAAAUGCAAAAAAAGUCCACUUGACAAAGACUUCAUGUAUUUACCUAAAGCAUUAAUGUCUGCUGAGGGGAGGCUCCUCUCUGCCCUCCUCUGUCCAUCCUGUGUGUGUGUGUGUGUGUGUGUGUGUGUGUGUGUGUGUGUGUGUGUGUGUGUGUGUGUGUGUGUGUGUGUGUGU